UGCGUGCUUAAUCCCGUUAGAAUGCUUAUCGGGUUUGAGAGGAUUUUAACUUAUCGGUUUUGGCAGUUUAUAAUCCGAUUAACCCAACAUGGCUGAGCCCGAGGAACAGGUGGAGCCGCUACAUCUCGAGCUGGAGGACCGCGAGGUGUACCUCGCUAAGAUUCCGACUGCCCUCGGUGCGUCGUGGAAGAGCGUGCAAGAGAGUGAGCUGAUGUUGGGCUCUAUUAAGCUGGAGAAGAAGAGCGUACUGGGUCGUCGCAAGGGCAUGCUAACGGUGAAUCCUAGCACUCUGGAGGACGACAUUCCGACGGAGUACCGUGUGGAGAUCAGCGAGACACCGUUGAAGCUGAAGGUUUUCUCGCUGGAUGGCUCUGGUCGUAUGGCCAUUGAAGGCACAGUGAAGAACAGCUGCUCUGUGAUGGCUCAGCGCAACGACCAAUACAGCAAAAUGUGCAAGCAACGUCUGAUCAAGUCGAUGGUCAAGACGAGGAUUGUGCAGCCACUGGAAGACCUACCUCGCGUGAAGAAAGCUAGGAUCCAGUUCACCAUUGAGAAGCCUGAUGCUGAGGCCGAGGAGGAUGACGCUGACUCGAAGCUUAUGGAUAAAUCGGAUAAGAAGAUUAAGAUGAGCAAGGAUGAGCUGAAGAACCUCGUGUUCCACCACUUCGAGGAGCGCGAGUACUGGCCGCUUAAGGAGCUCAAUUACCAUUGCCGUCAACCUGAGUCGUUGCUGAAGGAGGUACUCAAGGAGAUCUGCGUGUACCACCGCAAGGGCCCUAACAAGAGCUGUUACGAGCUCAAACCCCAGUACAAGGAUGGCGUCUCGUCGAACGCGUAAACCACUCGCGAGAGUGUAGCCGAAGCAGCAGAACAGCGAUGCGAUCACUCUAAAUAACAUUUGAUUUUUCAUUGCAGUAGCAUUUUCCUUGUGGAAACUACUCAAUUGUUGUGUCAAAAUAAAAUCUGUGUCUUGUGAGGUCA